AUGUGGGGUUUGAGCAAUCUCAAGUACGUUGACCUGUCCAGAAACAACCUCUCGGGAAGCUUACCAAAAGAAAUAGAGAAACUUUCGCAUCUCUUGACCUUCAACAUCUCCCACAACAGCCUCACAGGGGAGCUGCCAGCUGGAGCUUUCUUCAACACCAUCCCUCUCUCUGCCGUCACCGCUAACCCAUCCCUCUGUGGCUCCGUUGUGAAUCGCUCAUGUCUCUCUGUCCAUCCAAAACCAAUCGUCCUCAACCCCAACUCCUCCAAUCCAACCAAUGGCCCAGCUCUCACCGGGAAGAUCAGGAAGAGCGUUCUCAGCAUUUCUGCCCUCAUUGCAAUUGGCGCUGCCGCCUUCAUUGCCUUUGGGGUCGUGGCCGUCACUCUCCUCAACGUCCACGCCCGAGCUAGUGUUUCUCGUCACAAUGCAGCUGCUGCUCUUGCUCUCUCUGUUGGAGAAACGUUCAGCUGUUCCCCCAGUAAAGAUCAUCAAGAAUUCGGAAAGCUGGUGAUGUUCUCUGGCGAAGCCGACGUCUUUGACACCACUGGCGCUGAUGCGUUGCUCAACAAGGAAUGCGAGCUGGGACGUGGUGGGUUCGGAGUGGUCUACAAGACGAAUCUCCAAGAUGGUCGUCCUGUGGCAGUCAAGAAACUGACAGUGUCGGGUCUAAUAAAGUCGCAGGAGGAAUUCGAGAGAGAGAUGAGAAAACUCGGGAAGCUGAGGCACAAUAAUCUGGUGGAGAUGAAAGGGUACUACUGGACGCAAUCGCUGCAGCUCCUGAUCCACGAGUUUGUUUCUGGUGGAAGCUUGCACAGACAUCUCCACGGAGACGAGAGUGUUUGCCUAACGUGGCGUCAACGCUUCAGCAUCAUUCUAGGGAUAGCCAGAGGUCUAGCUUAUUUGCAUGGCAGUAACAUCACUCACUACAAUCUGAAAGCAACUAAUGUGCUCGUAGACGCCACAGGGGAGGCUAAGGUCUCUGACUUUGGGCUGGCCAGGCUGUUGGCUUCGGCACUAGAUAGGUGCGUCUUGAGCGGCAAGGUACAGAGCGCACUGGGGUACACAGCCCCAGAGUUUGCAUGCCGAACAGUCAAGAUAACCGACAAGUGCGAUGUUUAUGGGUUUGGGAUCCUGGUGCUGGAGGUGGUGACGGGGAAGAGGCCGGUGGAGUACGCGGAGGAUGACGUGGUGGUGCUCUGUGAGACGGUGAGAGAAAGGUUAGAAGAAGGGAGAGUGGAGGAGUGCGUUGACCCUCGGUUGAGAGGGAAUUUUCCAGCGGAGGAGGCAAUACCGGCGAUUAAACUAGGUUUGGUAUGUGGCUCCCAAGUGCCGUCGAAUAGGCCGGACAUGGAGGAAGUCGUGAAGAUAUUAGAGCUGAUACAGUGUCCCCCCUCUCAUGACUUAGAGUGA